UGUAAUGUACACUUAAAGAAUAAUAGUAGAGAAUUAGGGCAGCCAUGUUUGAUUCGAGACGGCUUCAUCGCCAUUACGAAAUGUAAAACAAUUAUCGAAUUUUAAUAAAAUUCUUGAAUAUUCUUUUAUUUAUACGGUAUGUUACUAGCAUUCUGACGUUCAAAAAAAUGACUGCUGUCCUAACAUAUUGAUAUAAAGAAGUCAUGUGAUUAAGAAACAUAAAUUCUACUACUUUAUUCUCAAAUUCUUCAGAAAGAAAUAAAAUGGUUAAAGAAACGGAUAAAACCGUGGAGGUCAAUGCUACUUAUUUAGAAUGGAUUCUAGAAGCUGUCCACAAAAUAAAGCAUCAGAAGCAGCGUCCAAAUAAGGACAGAAUAAUAAAUGCCAUUCGUCAAAAUCAUCAGGUGACAGAAGAGUCCAUUCUUGAACAGCUGGAACUAUCUGUUCAAAAUGGCAAGCUUUUACGAGUCGAAAAUAACAAUGAUUAUACAUAUAAAGAUCCAGCUUUGCAAGCACCUGUCAAAAGUCAGGCCAAAACAUUAGAACUGGAUAAGAAAACUGAUUUAACAAAACUAGUUAUUCAAUGUUUAAAACAGUCCCAGGAACCUAAGGGCAUGAUGUUAAAAUCCAUUGAAAGAUAUAUUCAUUCUAAAUAUACUGUGAAAGGAAAUGAAAGUGGAGUUCUAAUGAAAAACUUGCGCACUUGUGUACGAAGAGCAAUACAACAAAAAAAGCUGGUGCAGGUUGGAAAAUUCGUACAGCUUGCCAUUGAGGAGGGCAAAGUCAAAGAAAGUCCUCCAGUUAAUUUGGCAGAUGUAGAAGUAGUAUUGCCUUUUGAACGCAACAGGAAAAAGGCUACCCCUUUACCUUUGUGCAGUUUUUGUCUUGAAGGUGCUGAUAAAAAUAGAGAAGGAAAAUGGGAAGAUUUGAUUUCUUGUGCAGAUUGUGGCAGCAGUGGUCAUCCUUCAUGUUUGAAAUUUUCUUCUGAGCUCACUGCAAAAGUUCGUAAACUAAGAUGGCAGUGUAUCAAUUGUAAAAAGUGUUCUUUUUGUGGUAAAUCUGGUAAAGAGGAUGAUAUGUUAUUCUGUGAUUUCUGUGAUAGAGGUUUCCACAUGGCCUGCUGUGAUCCUCCAAUCAUUAAACCUCCAAAGGGAGACUGGAAGUGUAAUUUGUGCGACCCAGAACGAGGGACAAAGAAAGGCAAGACCUUCUUGGAGGCAGCAAUGUUGUACACAGUAAAUAUUAAAUCUCAGAUUCAAGCUACAUCCAAACAGAAGUUAAAGAAAGCAAGGUUAUUGCAAGCAGCUAAAAAAAUGAAAUUGAAGAAAUUAAAAGUUGUCCGAAAAAAGCCAGUGAAAUCUGAAAGCAGUGAAGAAAGUGAACAUGAGGAUGCAUCCAAAUGUGAAGUGCUCUCUCCUAGUGAGUUUGCACUGAACGGGGCUUGUCUAGAAACGCUUAGUAUUCUUCCUGAAACCAAACAUUUGGUUGAUGGUCUCUCUCGUUUUUUCACCCCAUCUAACAAACGCUCUUCAAGAGUCUCCCUCAGUGCAAUACAGCCUCCCCUUCUAGGCCUGAUGGAGGAAAACACUAACUCUAGUCAGAAAAUGUCUUAUAAAAAACAAAGUGAUAAAAAAUCCACUCGGACUACAAGUGCUCAUCAGACAGCUAGUAGAUUAAUAAAACGUUCAAAAUUAGUUCAGGCCUCCAGGGGACGCAAAAAAACUGGGGGGCCUCCACUUAGUGGUCAGUUGCGUGGGCUUUUUGAUGGUCUGUCAGAGUUUUUUAAUGCAACAGGUGAGCGCAAGAGGGCAUUACCGGUGUACACUUCUAGAACAGAGCCUAGUUCCAACUCAUUGUCUGGCUCCAACCUGACUUGUUCUUCUUGUACUUCUUGCUGGGAUUCCCCCAAAGCACUUCACUGUGAUGGCCAAUGUUUGAAUGUGUGUAUAAGUGACAGCUGUUCCAAGAAAUCUGAUUCUGCUCUGUCAUCCCGGCGGCAUUUAUCUUGGUGGGAGGAGAUGAAUAACCUUAUGCAGAUGACUUUGCAGGAGUUUCGACAAUACGGGUCCCAGGACGGCUUUAAUAAAGGUGUUCGGGGUCGCAGGACUUGUUUGGCACAAAGGAGAGUUGGCAGGCUCGAAGGCAGCCAAAUGUUCAGGGAUACUAUUCGUACAAAAGCUGGUAUGAUCCUGCCAACAUAUGUGACAGAGGAAGAUGUUACACUUUUUAAACAGGCCCAGGAAAUGGCUCAAAGGGAGUUAGAUAAGGCUCUACCUAAGCCAGAACCCAAACCAUCUUUUGAAAGACAAAGUGAAACAGGGGAAGAUGUUAAACCUGUUGUCGAAACUCCUCGCUAUCCUCCAUGUAUAGAAAUGGGUCAGUUUGAGAUACAAACAUGGUACUCUUCUCCUUACCCUCAGGAGUAUGCCAGCUUACCAAAGCUGUACAUCUGUGAGUAUUGCCUUAAGUACAUGAAAAGUGGAAAUAGUCUUCGACGCCACAUUGACAAGUGUGAACUGCGCCAUCCCCCAGCAGAUGAGAUCUAUCGCAACAAAGACCUCUCUGUGUUUGAGGUGGACGGACAAACUAGCAAAUUAUAUUGUCAGAACCUGUGUCUCUUAGCCAAACUCUUUUUAGAUCAUAAAACACUUUAUUAUGAUGUGGAGCCAUUUCUAUUUUAUGUCUUGACUUUAAAUGAUGACUAUGGCUCUCAUAUCGUUGGUUAUUUCUCAAAGGAAAAACACUGUCAACAAAAGUACAAUGUUUCAUGCAUUAUGACAAUGCCCCAGUACAUGAGGAAAGGAUAUGGCCGUCUUCUUAUAGACUUCAGUUAUCUGUUAUCAAGAAGAGAAGAAUGUUUUGGCUCCCCAGAGAAACCAUUAUCUGCACUUGGUGCUGUUAGUUAUAUGGCUUAUUGGCGAAGUAUCAUCUUUCAGUAUUUCUCAUGCCACAGAGACAAAGCUGUGUCCAUUAGAAACAUUAGUGAAGAAACAGGACUGUGUCCAUUGGAUAUUCUACAAACAUUAAAAGAGCUUCAUUUUUUAAAGCAAGAUGCAGAUAGUAAAAACGUACAGAUUGCUGUGAAUUAUCAGCUGGUUGACACAUACAUGGAUAAACUUAAGAACAAACCCCACCUUACAUUGAAUGAAGACAAUCUCCACUGGACCCCUGUGGUCAGUAAAUCCUUUCUCAGUGAUGAAGAAGAUGAGGCUGAUAGACAGUUAAAUGAAAUGAGAAAUGCUGUGGAGAAUGUAGUCCAGGAACGUAAACAAUUAACUGAGCAACUGCACAAGUCUUCCAGCUCUAUAGGUUCCCCGCCAGUCAAUGAGCAGACGGACAAGUGGCCCAGACGUUUUGGAAGAAAGCGUUUUCCUAGCAUGACUUGGGGAGAUCCUGCACUAAAACGUCAGAGAAGAGAUUCUAGUAAUGAAGAGUCCAACAAAUGUCCUUUUGACUUUGAUGCAGAAGAAGAUGCCAAGAUGCUUCCUCCAGCUCCCCCAUUGAAGCAACUCAGAAUAGACAGGUCUCCAAUUAGAGCGUCAGUCAGCUCUUGUUCACUGAGUCCAUUGAGUCCGUCGCCAUUUAGGCCAAGCUAUGACUCUCCUGUCAAAACUCCAGAAAAAAAAUGUCAGAAAAAAAAUCUGUUUGAUGAGCAAGAAGAAAUUAAUGGGAAAAAGAUUGAACAGAGACGCAAACCAGGAAGACCACCAAAGGAUGCUGGCUGGCCUGACAAACCAGUUAGGCGCUCAAAGGAAGACAGAUCUGUAGACAAGAAAAGCUUGACACGCAAAGCUGGUCGACCUACUGUAAAGGAGAAUGUGCCAAGAAAACUUGGCAGGCCUUUCAAACGUAAACCAGGGCGUCCACCUAAGAAACAGGAAGUUGAUGAAGAGUCCAACGCAGCAGACAAACUACCAAGUGAGAAAGAAGGAAAUAAAGCUUGUAAAAUUCCAGGAAGGAGACCAGGCCGACCUAGAAAAGCUGUGGAUGUUUCCAAUGGUAAAGUGGAAGAAGAAAAUGUCCCUAGCCCAGUUGAUGAGCAGACUCAAGACAACACUAGUGAAGAGAAAAAGCCUGCAGAAAAGGAACAGACUGAGUGUGAGACAGAGUUCUUGCCUGCUUCUACAACCCCUAGUCUCAGCCCAGCUCCAAAGAAAAGUAAAGUUAUAGAGGAAUAUAUUGACUCCUCUUCCUCCAGUGACACCAGUGACUCCUCCAACUCGGACUCCUCAGAUUCAGAUGAUGAAGAGGAUGAUAAUGAUGGAGACAAUGAUGAUUCUGAUGAAGAAGAUAACACACCAAAAGUUAAAUCAGAUGUGGAAAGUGUCAACAAACUUCAUGCCAAUGUAGAAAUGAUGACCAAAGUCCGACGUUUGUCAGCCUCAUCAUCAGAUGAUGACAGUAAUCAGGCUGAUAAUACAAACAAUCUAAGCCAGAGCAAACCGGUUCUGGAGAGUCCCAAAGAGGAGGACAGUGUAGUGGAGAAACAGACUCACCUGACUCCUCCAAAGAAACAGUUGUCCGAGUCUGACAGUGAUAGUGAUGAAUCUGUAUCCUUGAAGCUUAAAGAAACUUUAUCGAAGGAGCCAGAGACCAACAGGAAUGUCACUCCUGUUGAAGACGAAGAAACCAAAGCUGCCAGUCAGAAUCUGGCAGACAUUGUGAAGGACUUGGAAGAAGCGGAUGAAGAUAAGAAAGUGGCAAGCCCAGAAGUACAACAGCAGGCUAGUGUGGAGUCUGAUGUUGGUCAGGAAUCUUCUUCCUUUGGUAGCAUAGAUGAGUUAACGGAUGCUCUUAGUGAUGCAGAUUCUCCUACAGACCCUCAAAUUCCAUCUUCCCCACCGCCUGCGCCUGCUCCAGUAAUGAUCAACAGUGAUGAUGAUGACAUUCCCAUGGAGCCCACCUCUCCAAGCCCAGAACGUCGUCCUCUACUUCAGCAGUCUUCAGAAGCACCCAUUAAUCGUUUAUCUGACCCCCUUCUUUCAUCCCCUCCUCAGCACCAUUCUACAAUUCUGUCAUCACCUCAGCAACAUUCAGCUAUUUUAUCGUCCCCUCCUCAGCACCACUCCAAUCUUGGUCACAAUACUAUGUCUGGCAUGUUCCCCAACUCCCCUAUCUUAAUUUCCCCCUCACCUGAGGUAAAGCCAGGCCAGCAUCAUCAGCCCCCCUGUACACCAAACCAACAGAUCCAUACGCCUUCCUCUCAUGAAGAUCAGUACCAAAAUGUUGGAAGUGUUCCACUCACCUCUCCUGUCCAGCAUCCAUCCCCAGUACACCUGACUUCUCCAGCCCACUUAACUUCCCCAUCCCAGUUAUCUUCCCCUGUGAUGAGUGGCUCCCUGCUGUCUCACCAAGAGAAGCACUUAACUCAGAUAGAUACAUCUCCUGGCAUAGCACAGUCUAAAGCACAUACCAACAUGGGUUUGAAUGCUCCUUCUAGAGCUAGCAAAUCUACAUCCUCACGCACUCAGCCGAAAUCUAGGUCACAAACAUCUAGUCAGAGCAGGGUGCAGCAGGGUUUCCAUGCAUCCUCUAGCAGUGGUCCAACUUCAAUGACCAACCUGCAGAGCAUGCAGCAACAAAACUAUGAACUAAAUGUUGCCCAACUAGGUCUUGCUUCUGCGGCUUCUCUUAACUCUGGAGAUAUGACCACAGACAGCAGCCAGCAUUCUUCAUUGACUCAACUGAACUAUGACUGUGCCCAAAAUAUGCAGUACUGUAGCAACAACCAAGGUCGCAAUAGUUUUAUGGACACUGUAAAUAUGGGCAAUCUUCAAGCCAUGCAUGCACACACAAGUACAUCUUCAGGGGUCUAUAUGAAUCCUUCCACAACUAGCAUGAACUACCAUCACCAUGGCUCACCUCUCUCCACAUACAGCCAAACUAUUAUUCCCAUUAGUCAACAGCAACUCCAACGGCAGCAGCAGCAACAACAACAGCAACAACAACAACAGAGACAAGCCAGUGGCCAGCAAACACUUCAACAUCCCAAUUCUGGCAGGUUGUUGCAGAGCUCCACUCCUAUCCCUAUGGUGGUCCAACAAGCUUUGCUGCAAGGUGGUACAGUCUAUCAAACAAGCCAGCAACCUAAUAACUGUGAUCUAAUCAAAUUGCAACAACUGACCAACCGCAUUCAGGAUUUGCCAGUUGAGUCCUUGCAGAUGACACCACCUCAAAAUAUGACUCCUCCUCCUGCCACCAUCAAUAUGACCCCACCGCCAACAGUAAUGAUGCGUUCUAUGACGACUCCUCCCAUCUCUGCUGCUCAUUCUGCGCUCAUGGGUCAACCUACGGCUCCACCAUACAAGCGUCAGCGCUCCACUUCCUCCACAUCCCGUAAAGCGCCAAGCGUUGCGACUGCCAGUAGUCCAAACGUUACGCUGAAUCCCAACAUGAGUCUGUCCCCCAAUGUGACCAUACAGCCAACAUCUUCCAUGAUCCCUGGCUACCUGAACUACCGAGUGCCACAAGGUAUGAUCAAUCCUAAUUAUAUCUCUGCCAACCCCCACAGAUUCCUACAACCGCAACAGCUGCCUAUGCAGAUGCAGAUGAUGAACAUGAACGUGCACGCCGCUGGCCCUCCGGCGGCCUUCCAGCAACAAGUGCAGUCUAGCCAGCCUGGUAACCCCACAGCAGUGUACACACCUUACUACAUCAACAUGAACAAUGUCAUGAGGAGGUAAAUCCUGCGGGACUUUGUGUGUCUACGCAUGUGGACAGCGUAGUUCAAAGACAGUCUUUCAUGAGCUAUUGGGACCUGUUAUUAUUUAUACAUUUCACAAAAUAGCCCACACAAUUUAUUUUUUUUUUAAAUGGAGAAAAAACCAUUUCUCAGCAAUCUCUUUUAAAACCACUAAGUAAGAGAUAGCUUCUAGAAUGUCAGGGAAACAAAUGUUUUUGUACUUUAAUGUUUUAAGUACAGAACUAGAUCUAUACAAUUUCUGCUGGUGAAUGUAGUGUUAUGUGUUUCAAUGAUUCUGUUUUUUUCUCAAAACUCUCCCCUUUCCCAAAAAGCAACUUCAUUUCUUCUGCACACAAAAAUAAAUGUCCUCUUUGAAAGUGCCAUCUCAUCAGAUUUUGGUAGUCUCUACCAAAAGUGUCUCUCCACAUAAGCAAUAGUAUCUCCAGCAAGCAUACCUGGUAGAAUAGCAGUACUUGAGUUAUACAAUAAAAUUACUGUCUGUUAGAGUAACAGUAUAUAGCAGGUUAUAAAAUAAGUUUUUAGGAAGUCUUGUGUAGUUGUGGCUCAAGCUAUGUAGAAUGUCUGUCCUUGAUAGUGUGGUCCUAGUAUUGGAUAAACGACGUUUCUUUUUUAGAAAGAUAAUUUAUUGAUAUAGUUAAUAUACAAAUGACUGUAAAGGUCAUGAUCUGUCAGUGUACAACCUAAUGUGUAUACUUGAGAGACUAUUGUGCAGUAACGUUUUGUCCUAUUGGACACUGUGGGGACUAAGGAGUGUCCAGUCUCUAGCAUUCAGUGGUGGAAUACGUUUGUAUGCACAUCCUUUCAUGUUAUCAACUGAUGAUUUUUGUACAGGGAUAUUUUAUUUGAGCGAAUGUUGUGAAAGAUGUUUCUUGAGUGUCUGAUCUAUUUGAUUGCCAGUAGUGAUGGAUGAUUGUUUAUUUUUACAUGUUUGGUUGAAGUCCUGUAUUCAAUGAAACGUUUCACAAUACAUCAAGAAAGUUUAUGUUUUAAAACAUUUCUACCUUGCACAAUAGAAAUGGCAGAUUGCAAAAAUAAAGGUGAGAAAAGUAGAACCCAAUGUAUGCAAGCUACUCAGAUGGUCUGUUGAUUUAGUCAGGGUUAGAGGAUGUUGCAAAUAAAGGUAGAUAUCCAGAGCAUAGUUUGCUUGUUAAAUGUCCACUGAGGCUAGUGAGUCCUUCAUCUUGCCACAGUUAGGACAAGGGAGACUUAUUUUUCAAAAAAAGUUCAUUCAACUUUCAUUUUUUUCGUUUCAAUCAAAUUAACCCUUCGAGCCUGUUGUACAUAGAUAUACAUACACAUAUAUUCUAAACUAUUUUGUAUUGUUGUAGUGUAAUGUACGCAACUGUCCAGCCAGGUGCACACCCACAUCAUUAGGUACAUGGAAUAAAGCAUGUAUUUAUUUCAAUGUAGGAUCAUCUUGUAUUGGCAAUAUUGUGAAUAUUAUUUUGUGUUGAAUGGACAUUCCCAUUAUUUAAUUCAACCUGUGAAUCAAUCACAGGUCUGAUUGAAGUUAUCACUGUCAUCACAGGUAUCAUUGUGAAUACAUUUCCACCAUUAUA